AUGCCGCGCUGCCUCAUGGCCAAGAAGUGGAAGGCGGCUCCGGCAACCGAGCUGGCCGACGAGUCCGAUGAGGAGAUCGACGUGGUCGGCGAGGGGCGCGGCCGGAGCCCCGCACCCGCCGCCACCGCGCCGGGGCCCUCGCCGCGCGACCCCGAGCCAACUCUCCUCUACAACGGUUACACUGAGGAGCAGCCUUCCACGCAAUUCACCGCACAACUACCGAACGAGGUGAGCCCGGCUCCCCCCGGCCCCUCUCAGCCGGCGCCUCAGCCUCUGUCCUACGCACUUCUGCACCUCUCCACCUCCGACUCAACAGAACAACCUUUUCUCCAAGUACAGCUCCAGUCUUCGCCUGUCUCCUCUCCUCCGCCACCGGCGAGCGGCAAAUCCAAUUCGAUGUGCUACUCUAGCACAGGCACCCUUCUAUCUCUACCACCAAAGAAGAAGGACAUUUAUCGCCCUUACUGUCUCGGCGACCGCGCGUACCUCCAUCGGGCCGAAGAGGAUCUUAACGCUGCGCACGCUAUUCUCGAUUUAAGUCAGCAUGCAGUAUUCCUGUCGACACCGCCGCGCACCGACCCUUCACCCCCGGAACAACCACCGCCUCUGCCCGAAACUUCUCAGGAGCAGACAACGGAGCGUCCAAGAGAAACCGUCGCUUAUACUUAUGACGCCUUUUUCGUUAGCGAUGGACGUUCGAAACGUAAAAAUUACGCAAACGCACCAGUCGAAAGCGCCCAGCAGCCGGAACAAAAGUCGAAGUAUACCUGUAGCGAAUGCGGAAAACGUUAUGCAACCUCUUCAAAUCUUUCUCGACAUAAACAAACACACCGCAGUCUCGACUCGGUAGCUGCAAAGCGUUGCGGAGAAUGCGGCAAAGCUUACGUGUCGAUGCCGGCACUCGCCAUGCACGUGCUAACGCACCAGCUCUCGCACGUAUGCGGCGUUUGCGGUAAAUUGUUCUCACGACCUUGGUUGCUGCAAGGUCACCUCCGCUCUCAUACCGGCGAAAAGCCAUAUGGAUGUGCACACUGUGGAAAGGCAUUUGCAGAUCGUUCUAACUUACGGGCACACAUGCAAACACACUCAGCGGAUAAAAACUUUGAAUGCCUACGUUGCCAUAAAACUUUCGCCCUAAAGAGCUACCUCAAUAAACACCAAGAAUCGGCGUGUGUGCGCGACGACGAGUCACCCUCAUCGGAAUCCCCUGCCGCCGCAUCCGGAUAA